CAGUUUAAGGAUUCUGCAGUUGUGGCAUACAAGACUGGAAUGUGAUAAGACAACUGCGGGUGUUGUCACUUUUAGGUGGCAAGCCAUGUAUAAAAUAGCGAGGAGCAUUUUACACUAUUUAAUGACUUGAAUAUACCUCUUGGUUAUUGCUAUCCCGCUGAACAGCUCAGAAGAGCGAUUUUCUUUGCCAGCUGAUGGACAUCCAAGAUAGAAGGGCGGAUAUGCGGAAGCACUAACCGAGCAAGAAAAGAGCAAAAGUUGACUUUUGCUAGCUUAGUACGCUAGCUACGGUGCUUUCAAUGUUUUGUUUAAUUCAAGAAAAAGUGGAAUUAUUUAAUCGGAGUCCCUUUCGCCACCCUGCUCCAAACUAGCUUGGUCAGGCUCGGCUGGUAGUGGGCGUGCUGGUGGUCCACUCAGUUUAGCAAACCGGAGUGACAGCCCAGCCACGAUUGCGUGGAAACCGGCGGGGCUGGCAGGUUAAGGUCAUUGCACUGCAGCAAAGUAAAAGGAGCAAAAACUGACAACUCAUCACUUGACUGUGACUGGCAGUGUGUGAAGGAAGGCUUUCAUUCGUAUGUCAAUUUUUAGAAGAUGGAGAGCUCAAGCAGCAGCAAGCCGGUCAUGGUGACGUCCUCCCUCAACUUCAAAGUCACCACGCCAUCCUUUUACAACCAGCCAAAGAAGUUCGCCUCGGUGGCCCCGCCACGGCCCAAGAGCACGACUCCGCCUUCCGCGCCAUCACCAACGCCAAUGCCUGUGGGGACAGGCGUGAUCGGACGUGUUGGAGAUCUGCCCCCGCCGCCCCCCUCGCUCUGUGAUGAUUUCCCACCCCCUCCUCCACCUCCUCCAUUGGAUGAUGACUUGCCGGCCCCUCCCCCUGAAUGCCAGAUCAUACCACUGGCCUCAGAAGCCCCCCCGCCGGCCUUCCCGGCUCCCCCACCCGUAGCAGAUGACCUUCCCUUACCUGCCGCCCCUGAGGAUAGUGCCCGUUUGACGAGCUUCCCCACACCUCCUCCUCCUCCUCCACCGCCUUCAUCCACCGCCAGUGGUACCGGUUUUUCCAGCGGUGUUGGGCACAUUCAGAGGCCUGUGACCAAGCAAACAAGCUUGGAUAAGCAGAUCAACUCUCUGACAGACAUGCUUUCCGAAAUGGAGACGCGGGGGCCCUUCAACCCUAAGUUGCCCAACCAGUAUUCUACAGCACCAUCCCCCAAACCUGCCGGUCCCCCACCAACAGCCCCCAAGCCAGCCCUCUCUUUCCUUCCUCCUCCCGAGAUGGGAGACCGCCCACCUCCUGCGCCCUGGGCAGAGGAGCUGAAAGCUCGGACGAACCGACAGGCCAACCACGACUCGCCACCACCGCCAGUCGCCAAGUCCCCAUUUGGAGCAAGAAUAACCACUUCGUCUUCGUCACUGGCAAAAAAACUCAACCAGAACCUGAACCAGGCUCCCUAUUCAGGAAGUAGUCCGCAGAAAACGCCCCCUGCGUCUGUCACCAACAAUUCAUCCCCAGUUCCAGCCUCUCCACCUGCACCUGGAGCUCCAUCUGACAGUAUAACCCCCACUCACACGAAGAGUCCUCAGUUUGUCGGUCAGAACCGAAACCCGCCCGCUGACAUUUCUCCUCCCCAAUCCAAAACCAUGGCAUCACCUUCACCCUCCUCCUUCAAUCAACCAAUGAAAUCUCCCCCUGCAUCCACGCCAUCACCCCCUGGUCCAGUGUUAACCUCAGGAGGAGGCGCACCACUCAACAUGAGGGAAGUGGAGGAACUUGAGAGAAUGACUAAGGACUUUAUUAAAAAAAUGGAUGCUCACCCACCUGUUGGCCCUGCCCCACCAACUGACGUCUGCGGCAAGUGUGGCGAGGCGCUCUCCCGCACUCAGCCGGCCGUGCGAGCCAUGGAGAAACUUUUCCACUCCAAUUGCUUCUGUUGCAUUACAUGCCAUCGCCCCCUGCAGGGCAUGCAGUUCUACGACAGGGAUGGCUCUCCUGAGUGCGAGGACUGCUACAUGAAUUCGCUGGCAGUGUGUUCCCGAUGUGGGGAGAGGAUCACAGAUCGUGUGCUGAAGGCGGUGGGUCAGUGUUUCCAUUCCCACUGUUUCCGCUGCAGCACCUGCUCUUGCAUCCUGGAGGGGGCGCCCUUCAUCACUGACGACAACAAUAACCCCUACUGUGUCCAGGACUAUCACAGGCGUUUCUCGCCGCUUUGUGUCAGCUGCAACGAGCCCAUCAUUCCGGCACCAGGAAGCGAGGAGACAGUUAGAGUUGUGGCUCUGGACAAGAACUUCCACCUUAAGUGUUACCGCUGCGAAGACUGCGCUCGCCCUCUCUCCAUAGAAGCGGACGAGAAUGGCUGCUAUCCCCUGGAUGGUCGCAUCUUGUGUAUGAAGUGCCACGCCAAACGAGCCAAGUAGACGGCCCAGUGAACCUUCUCCCCGCCCCUCCCCCGUGCCCCUUCCGUUUAAAUCUGAACCAAACCCAAAAGCACAGGUUCCAUUCAGCGCUCGGCCGUCGCAAUACAGGGCUUAGUUCAGUGUUCAGUGUGAAUGUCUUGCGUGAAAAAGGGUGCGUUUUGCAUGCUGUGCUGCGUCCUCUCGUCCUCGUUCGAUCCACUUUAGUGCAGAGGUAAUGUACUGCACCGCCACAGAUCUCUUCCUGUAGACUAAGCCUUUUCGAUGUCGUGUGUGUACCCUAAAAACGCAUCUAUCUUGCACAGACCGCGUGGAUCAUAGAACAGUCCGGUAGCCCCGGGGAGCAGGAUGCUACCAAUUCAGAGCGCUCACUCUGCUGCUUUCAUUGCCUGUGAGGAUCGCGAGCUGUAGGUUCUCUCAGCUGGAGCCUUCUGUUUGUUCUUUGCCACUUUAGUUUGGCUGCUGGUUGAGGAGAUUUUAAAAUUGGUAAGCAGUCGUUGUGUCAGCAUGUAAUAUCCUGCUCGAUAACACUCGCGGUAAUUGAAACUAGUUAAGAGUAGAGUAAAGUAUUAAACACAUUCCGUAUGGCUACACAAGCUGCGAACAAAGACCCCACGCAAAGCUUUACCAGCACAAAUUCCAUUAAGGGGAUCUCAUCAUGUAGCUUAACGGUGUCGUCACCAGCAUGCCUCCAAACAGGACCUCUUAUGUUUGGUGCCACUUUGACUCGAACGCUCAAGCACACGAUGGUAGGCCUUGUCUUUCUGUUGCAUCACAUUAGAACCUAUUUGCUUUAUCCAAUAUUACAAUAUAUGGACAGUGUUUAAAUUCCUACCUAAGUCUGCUGUCCUAUCAUUAGGAAUGACCUUCAAGACUUUUAGGUAACAUGUUUGAAGCAUAGUGACCAAAUAUUUAGAAGCUGUAUAACUGAAGUGCUUGGAACCCUCCCCCAUAAUUUCCUUUUUUUUUUUUUUUUUUAAACCUUGAUCUCCUCUUCAGUUAAAACACUUCCAUUAUCCACCUUUUGUACUUUCUGUAUUCUUUUAUCACUAUAUUGUUUAGGACUUCAUUCCUACCGUGGCGUUGUGCCUUCACUAUUGCAUUCCGGCGUUCCCUUCCAAUGGAAGCCGGUUUACAUCCAUAGACAUUUGUUCCUCACCAAGUCUGGUGCAAGAAAACAUGCCAAUCGUGACUCACCAUUGCAUGCUUUCUGUGUACUGUGGGUGCUGGUUUUUCUUAAAGUAUUAUACGCUUUUCUGCACCAACAGCUUUAAAUGCCUUUGCGUGCUCAAAUACAGUACUUAAGACUAUGCCUGCGUACAUCCAGUGUGACGUUGCCUUGUCCUUUUUGUAUAACUUUUUAUAUAAACUGUUUGAUAUGUGUGAAUGUAUAUGUUUCAAAAACUAUUUAGCCCCCGUCGAGAGAAAAUAAAUCAAUAAAAUGCUGCUGGAUGUC